GCAGUGCAAUGAGGGGAGAGGGUUUAGUUGAGGGAAUGUAUGCGCACGUAUUGAUGUUACACACAGAGGAAAUCGCGUUCAAUUUGCCCAUCUGGCGCACUAUGAUACUUCCCAUACAAGGAGUUUGGCGGGGACCCAACUUAGUCACACAGAAUGGACUGGGAGAAGGCGCACUGGAACAUCUGUGAGGAGAAGUUAGGGAGCACCGGCCGCCACUGCCUGCUGACUAGAGAAAUUAGGAAGCACCGCCACAGGAAGCACAUCACUGAUUUCUCAUUGCCAGGCGGUAAGCCAAGCAGCCUUUCAAGAAACAAACUCGCCCGCAAACUCUUUUAUGUGAAUGGAGUGGAGAGAUGGAACACGUCAAACCACAGGGGUGUCUGUAAGUGGUAACCAGGAAACAGGGCAGAGCGGCAGUGCCAGCCCAGGACCAAGCCAUUUCAGAAUACCCCUCUGCCGGCGGCGCUCUGUUUGUACGGGCUGAUUCCAGAGGGAGACAGCAGAUGUAGCGCUCCGCCAUCUGGAACAGACUACAGACAGUACGUACAGAGCUUCAGUGCCAGUGAUGCUCGCGGGUUUCUAACGCUCAUCUGGUGCCUUAGUUGGGUUGUUCCCGGGAGCACAGUCCAGAUUCUCUGCCCUGAGACACCCCUAUGAAUGUUAGACAAUGUCUUUGAUGUUUGGGAAGCCCAGAGCUCUGAAUGUUGUCAACAUUUCUGGGGCUAAUGAACGCAACGUGCAUUUGGAAUGUAACAUUGUGCUGCUGGGGUGCAGAGGGGCUGGGAAGUCAGCUCUGACAGUGAAGUUUCUCACCAGGCGAUUUAUAAGCGAAUAUGACCCGUUCCUUGAGGACACAUACACCUCGGAGGAAGUAGUAGACCAGCAGACAGUCCUUGUGAGGGUUAUGGACACUGCAGACCAGAAUGGGCCUGUGAAUCCGGAGCGGUAUUUACACUGGGCGAAUGCCUUUCUGGUUGUGUACAGCAUUGAUAACAAGAAGAGUUUUGAGGGAUGCUGCCAGUACCUUGAUAUCAUUUCUCAGUAUAACAGAGGCGCCCUUCAUGAGAACCUUGUCCUACUGCUGGGGAAUAAAUUGGACAUGGAACGAUACAGGCAAGUCAGUAAGGCAGACGGUUCAGCUCUUGCCUCGCGCCACGGCUGUCUGUUUCGAGAAGUCUCGGCCUGUCUGGAUUUUCGGUUGGUACAGCAGGUUUUCCAUGAGGCUAUUCAAGAGGCCAGAAGAGAGGCUGAGAGGGCUGCGCUCAUCAAACCACCAAUUUAUAUCAGUGAGGAGAGGGCUCUUGGAUUGCCCAAUAAUUCAUCCCCAGGGACUGCCACCAGGCCUCCCCUCAGUACCCUGUCUCCUCUUACCUACAAGGAGAUUCCCUCUGUGGCUCAGGCCAAACUUGUGACUGUGAAGUCCUCCAGAGCACAGAGCAAACGCAAGGCACCCACACUUACCCUGCUGAAAGGCUUCAAGAUAUUCUGAUGGCUGCACAGGUUUAGGACAUAUGAAUGAUGAGCUCCUGUUUUUGACUUACAUUCAAAAGAAAGGACUGUGUGAGGCCAAUGUGCACAUUUUAUGGCACCACCAUGUGUAAUGGAGUAAUGACAAGGCAGUGAGGUGUAUGACAUUGCAGAAAGAGAGAAUUUUUUUGCUUCCAGAAAUAAGUGCUUGCCCUCACUGCAGCUGUGUAUCAAAUCUCACUCUGCUUAUUUAUUCACUAGCAAUACGGGCAAGUUCUACUUCAUUUGCUCGUCCUAAGAACAAAGUAAUAAUUUUAAGCACUUCUGUGUCUUAACUUCAACAGGGAGUUGAAGUUCAGCAACAGCUGGUCCAAGAGCCCUCUCAUGAGCUGUGGACAUCUAAGAAAUUCUACACAAUGAGGUCAAGGUGCACCGUGCAAAAAAACAGGAAUAAAGGGCACACUCUCUUCGCAGCUUGCUUCUAUGCAAUUCUCAUGUUGGGCCCAAAUGUGCUACUCUUUAUACCCAGUUUACAGCACAUUUUUAUAUAUAUAUAGUAAAGGGUCUGCUUCUGCCAUUGUUUUCCCCUUUUAUUAAUAUGAUAACCACCAAGGA